AAAAAAACAUUGAUCUAAUUUUUAUUGUAGCUCGUCGGAUUAUUAUCAUCAAUUCUUGCAAUUAUUUUUCUUUUAACAUGUCUUUAUUAUUUGAUUGGUCGUCGUCGAUAUUUCAAUGAAUCCGAUAGUCCAACACCGGUUGCUCUUGUAGAAAAAAACGGAGUAUCAGGAAUACCGGUUACAACUUCAUCACAAACAGCAACUACAACUUUUAUGAAUGAACCAGGCAAAGAAACAAAAAUUAGUACUUAUACAGAACAAGGUUUAACUUCAAAUGGUAAUGGAGAUUUUAUGCUUGGAAUGCCAACAAUGGGUAAUGGACAUACAGGUUCAUCAAGUACAAAUGGCCUUUUGGCAAAUGGUAGUGCUGAUCCAAGUGAACUUCGUUUACUUCAACAUGAACAUCAUUAA